CUUUACUUUAGGUACUCAACGGUACGCAGUACUGACACCUCUUUUUUCCUAUAAGAAAAGCCCUGAGCAGUAGGGUCACUGACUGUCUUCCAGUUACAUGAACCUCCAUCCUUAGGGACUCUCCGCUCUAUAUUCGGACUUCCUUGUUCAUGACAUAAAACUCUUUUCCUGUGUCAUAGCCACACACUUCCUCCUUAGCCGACAGAAUCUGCGCAGGAUAAAGUGAUGGGAUAGAGCUCAGCAAAGGCAAAUCUCAGUGGGGCUGCAGUUGGGGCUGCAGGAGCAGGCUGCUUCCAAGUGUAGAUUUCCACUUUCACAACAAAAAGGAUGAACAGGAUGGGAAUCUUCACCAGAAUACUGUAUUUCUGUAUUUCUAUUCUUUUCUGUGUUGGAGAAGGUGGAUUUCAGCUUCCAGACAAGGUCUAUGUCUCCAAACCCUCAGAUAAUUACUCUGCAACUCACUCUGAAUUACAAACUCCAAAAAGAGGCCAUAACUUCUCACACAGCUUUCUGAAAAAAAUUGCAGGAAGGAAAGCAGAAGGCCCCAGUAGUCAAGGUUUAGUUCCUCAAAGCAAUCAGAGUUUCAGAGUUUUACUUAACAGCCCACCACAAGAAGUGCCACUCCCUAAGUUCUCACAAAUGAAUGAAAUGGUGACUUCUCCACAAACUGACCCAUCCUUAUGGGGCACCGUGGGGUCUCCUUUUCCAGCAGAGAAGCACAAAGGACCUAGUAGUCUUCUAAAUGUCCAUUCGAUACUAAAAAGGACUGUUCUGGGUUAUGAAAGACAAGAUGAAUCUGGAACAGUAUUUCCACCUCCUGCGCUGAGGAUGUCUGCAGGUUGUGGCAAUCCAGUUGGUGGGAUGUUUGAUCUAUCUGACAGAAACCUGUCUGAGGAAGAUCUGAGGAGGGAAAUGGAUCCUAGGCAUUGCAACACAACGUUGGGAAAGGUUGUGGAACUGGAUGCCAGGCACAACAAUCUGCAAAUGGAUUUAGGGACCCUGCUUUCACUGCUCCUGAAAAUGGAGAACGUGCAGUCCAUCGACGUGAGUUACAACAGCAUAACUGUAUCAGGUGUGCUUGUACCCAACAGGUGUGACUUAAAGCACAGCGAGCUGUUGUUCUUAAAUCUCAGCCACAACCCUCUUACCACUUUGAAAAGCAUCUGCCUCCCUUCGAGUCUCAAAGGCCUUGAUUUGUCCUUCACACGCAUUAACCAAAUACCACGUGAGUUUGCCAGAACUUACUUUCAUAUAGAAGAGAUGGAUGUUCAAGGAAACCAUUUUAUAUACAAUCCUGAAACGCUGACAUCUCUCUUCAAGUCUAUACCAAAAACCAGAAUACAAAGCAUGACGAUUGUCAAUUUUCCACAACGCAGCCCCAUCGAAGGCCUCCCCAGGGAAGGGAGGCGCCUCGUAAUGUCAAACUGCUCCAUCGUAGAACUUCCAGAAUGGUUUGCAAACACCAUGAGAAAGCUUCUCUUUCUAGACCUGAGCAACAACCCCUUGCGCGGUUUUCCCCAGCCGCCAACUUCUUUGCAGAACCUAGAUUUAAGCAACAGUAACAUCCAAGAGAUAGCUAAUCUUAACAUCUUCCCUAAUUUGACAGUGCUUAAGAUUCCAAGCAAUAAAAUAAAGGAUCUUCCACCUGCGUAUCUUCCAGACUCCUUAAAAGAACUGGAUAUCAGUAAAAAUCAAAUACAAGUGUUCCAUUUAUGCAGGGCGCCACAAGAGCUGGAAUUCCUUAAUGUUUCUAGAAACCUCAUAACGCAUCUGAAUCUAAACCAUUCUCACCACCUCACCAGCCUUGAUGCAAGCCACAAUUUAAUUACAGAACUGCAGGACCGCACUGGAAUAUUUCUGCCAGAACUCAAAUAUCUGAAUCUGUCAGGAAACAAGAUCUCUUUUUUGCAACCGGGGUCUCUCCCCGAAUCUUUGCUCGAGUUGGACAUAAGCAACAAUGCCAUCAACAUUAUUAUGGAAGAGACCUUUGGCCGGUUGAUGAACCUGAACGUCUUAACCCUUCAAGGGAAACAUUUCUUCUGCAGCUGUGACUUGUAUUGGUUUGCGAACACGUACCUUGCAAGCCGGCAGCUGCAGAUAAAUGGCCAAGACGAGCUUUUGUGCAGCUUUCCGCUCAAGAAACGGGGCCUUUUGGUUGAAAACAGCAACCUAACGAUGCUGCGUUGUUCUCUGGGACUUCAAAUGGCAAUUACGGCUUGUGUGGCGAUCUUGACAAUGUCCCUCUUAACAGGCCUUUGCUGGCGUUUUGACGGCGUCUGGUACAUUAAGAUGGGAUGGUACUGGUGCAUGGCGAAAAGGAAACAAUACAAGAGGCCAGAACACAAAGCGUAUGAUGCAUUUAUCUCAUACAGCGAAAACGAUGCGCUGUGGGCUAAAGAGACCCUGCUGGAAAAACUGGAAGCCCUCGAGUUUAGAGUAUGCUACCACGAGAGAGACUUCACGGCAGGGCACCCGGUUGUUAGGAACAUUUUCCACUGCAUUGAGAACAGCCACAAAGUUCUCUUUGUGCUGUCGCCCAGCUUUGUCAACAGUUGCUGGUGCCAGUAUGAGCUGUUCUUUGCCGAACAUCGGGUCCUUAGCGAAAACGAGGACUCUCUCAUUAUGGUUGUGCUGGAAGACCUGCCGCCCAACAGCAUCCCGCAGAAAUUCAGCAAGCUCCGGAAGCUGCUGAAAAGGAAGACCUACUUGAAGUGGAGCCCAGAGGAACACAAACAAAAGCUCUUCUGGAGCCAGCUGACCGCUGUUCUGAAAACGACAAACAAGCCAAUGGCUUUGACAGAGGAAAAUGGGCUGUGCUAGGAAGCAGAGGAGGCAUUUGGGAAAUUCAGGGUGCAUAUAUGAGGAACGCAAACAUUUCUGGACUGGUGCACGCUGAGAUGUUGGCUUGGGGCUGUUGCUAAGAAAAAGACUUGAUCAAAUACUGUCAAAUGGCAGCCAAGUGUUUAAACAUUUGGUUAUGUUACCGGAAUUUAUGGAAAGGCUUUUUCCUGGGGGGGGGGUGCCCAUCCUGUGGACA